AUGGAUGGGCUUAAAGGGCCAAUGAUGUCUGGAACAGGCUUUUAUAUUAAGAGAGAGGCACUAUAUGGGACUUACAUGCAGAAAGACAAAGAUCCCUUUCAACUCAAACAAUCUUUUGGUCCUUCAAAUGAGUUCAUCAAAUGGCUUAAUACGGGCUGCAAGAAUAAUGGAAUUGACAGAGAGGACUUACUGGACACAAGGCUCCGAGAGGCAAAGUUUUUAGCUUCUUGCACCUAUGAGAAGGAUUCGCAAUGGGGUCAACAGGCAAGCAAAUCUCGAGGUUGGACUUCGAUCUAUUGUGAUCCUCAGAGGCCAGCAUUCUUGGGCAGUGCUACGACAAACUUGAAUGAUAUGUUAGUUCAGGGCACAAGAUGGAACUCCGGUUUGCUUGACGUUUGUCUCUCAAGGUUUUGCCCCAUUGUUUACGGGUUAUCAAGAAUGUCCAUUCUUGAAACCAUGUGUUAUGCAUACUUGUCUUUUCAGCCUUUCUAUUGUCUCCCUGUAUGGUGUUUAGGUACCAUCCCUCAGCUGUGUCUCUUGAAUGGUAUCCCGAUAUACCCUAAGGUCUCAAGUCCUUGGUUUGUGAUGUUUUCACUUGUUUUCAUAUCACUGCUUGUCAAAUAUUUAUGGGAUGUUCUCUACUCUGGAGGAACAAUCCAGACAUGGUGGAGAGAAUGGCGUGUAUGGAUGAUAAAAUCAGUCACAGCAUAUUCCUAUGGAAGCUUGUAUACUGUCUUAAAGCUUCUUGGUCUGAAAGAAGCCAGUUUCCAGCCAACAAAUAAAGUUGCUGACGAGGAACAAUUUAGACGUUAUCAAAUGGGUGUAUUCGAUUUCCAAACGUCAACUAUGCUGCUUGCACCACUGGUUUCCUUACUUAUUAUAAACAUGGCUUCCUUUACCUGGGGAAUUGCUCGAGUGAUUGUUUCGAGUGGAUGGAGAGAAAUGUUUGGACAGAUCUUUCUCUCGUGUUUCAUCUUGAUUGUGAAUUACCCGUUCAUUGAAGGGAUGAUAUUGAGGAAGGACAGUGGAUGCAUUCCACCUAAUGUCAUUCUAUUAUCAGCUGUGUUUUCUUUGAUCUUCUUGUGUUUGGGUUCUAUUGUUCUCAUGUACACGAUGAUCUGAAUCUGAAGUUCAUAUGGAUGGAGGCUUUCACAUCCUCAAGUCAUUUUAAAUUCUUGUUUUAGCUACAAACUGUGUGAAAAACAAGUAAUGAUUGUCUGAGUUUUGAUAGUGUUGUCCAUUAUCAGAUUGUUGAGUUUUGACAGUGUUGUCCUUGAUCAGAUUGUUUUAUAAAUUCAUGGAAGUUA